GGGGGGGGGCAGGGUGAUGACGCCAAAUACAAUAGGUGCCUUUGGUUAUAGCUCUGUGGCAAUACAUUUGAUAGUUUUCAACCAGGAAACCCAAGCCAGUCGAAUUGAUACGUGAGGAAGUUAAACAAAGCACGUCACGAUUGUUGCCUUAGACCCGGAUCAUAGAGUCAGAACGUGGCGCCUAGAAGGGAUCCUGCCAAGCUAGCUCCUCUAUUUCCGGGUGUAUGAACGCUGCAUGUUUCCUAGGGGAGGGGGGGUUGAUUCGGCCGGCUUCAGACGCUCAGCGGGGAAGUAACUACAUUGACCCGAGCUGCGGGGAAGAGAGCAGCAACAGGUGCUGACAAUGGCUCAAGAUUCACCUAGAAGCGAAGUGGCUGAAAUUCCUGUGACCAGCAAUGGAGACGUUGAUGAUGCAUCAGAGCAUAGUUUUAAUUUGGAUCUAAAGCGCUCAAUAUCGGCUGGACUUGGACUCUCCGAAACUCAGAUCAGUUCACAUGGCAUUGAUAGCACUGCAGAAGGUUUCAUCGAAUCAGGACCCUUUCAAGGUUCCUUCACUACUCCCAGGUAUCCAGUAAUAUCCCCUAGCAGUGCAGCAGCUAGCAGAUUGGCUGGCCAAGGAGAUGAUAUAAUUGUUCCCCCAGAUGAGCUGCAAAGGAAACAGACGAGUGGCCCAGUUGUUCUUGCAGAGGAGCCUAGAAGCACGGCUGUUGAAAAAUUUGACCUUGUUCGAAAAUGGAGCCUAAACACAUACAAGUGUACGCGCCAGAUCAUCUCUGAGAAAUUAGGUCGUGGCUCCAAAACAGUGGACCUGGAGCUGGAGUCCCAGAUAGAAAUCCUUCGGGAUAACAAAAAGAAGUACGAGAAUGUACUGAAGCUGGCACAGACUCUCUCCACACAGCUCUUUCACAUGGUACAAACUCAGAGACAGUUGGGAGAUGCUUUCGCUGACCUCAGCUUAAAAUCACUAGAACUUCAUGAGGAGUUUGGAUACAAUGCAGAUACGCAGAAACUUCUUGCCAAGAAUGGGGAGACUCUCCUGGGAGCCAUGAACUUUUUUAUUUCUGGCGUAAAUACUCUAGUUAACAAAACCAUUGAAGACACCCUGGUUACCGUGAAGCAGUAUGAAACAUCCAGGGUUGAAUAUGAUGCAUACCGUACAGACCUUGAAGAACUUAACAUGGGCCCACGUGAUGCCAUCACAUUGCCAAAGAUUGAACAAUCGCAGCAGCUUUUCCAUAGCCACAAGGAGAAGUAUGACAAUAUGCGGAAUGAUGUUUCCAUCAAGCUCAAGUUUCUGGAGGAGAACAAGGUAAAAGUGCUGCACAAUCAACUUGUCUUGUUCCACAACGCAAUAGCCGCCUACUUUGCCGGAAAUCAGAAGCAACUGGAAGAGACGCUGAAGCAGUUUCAUGUGAAGUUGAAAACACCAGGCGUGGACGCCCCAUCCUGGUUGGAAGAGCAGUAAUAAAAUAAGCAACAGAAUGAAUGGUUUAUGCAUAUUGGCCAAGUCUAGUUAACAAGGGGACUGAGAGGGAAGGUGACAACCCUAAUAUUUUAUAUACAGACCACUUUUUGUCCUCCUGUUCAAUCAUGUCCAAAUCGGUGUAAGAGGCUUUAAUAGAUACAAAUUUAAUUUCUGUAAUUUAACUAGAAAAAAAAAGUAUGUUCUAUAUGGGGGGGGUUGAGAAUCUUUUUCUGUGGUUAAAAAAUAAAUAAAGUCCAAUGUAGAUUUGCA